CGUGACUCAAACGGGAAGUGAAGCCGUACGGUGAACUUCUCAUAAACAGGUCUGUUUGUCCCGGUUUACAGACACCGGGCUGACCGUCAUUGCGGAGCCGGACACCCUCAGAGAUUAUAUUUUGGAGACCAGCGGAAUAUAGAAGGCAGACAGCAGCUAUGGGCUCCAUGUUUCGCAGUGAGGAGGUGUGCCUAGUGCAGCUCUUCCUUCAGUCCGGCUCGGCCUACAACUGUGUCAGUGAACUGGGAGAGCUGGGCUUGGUGGAGUUCAGAGACUUAAAUCCUAACGUGAACGCCUUUCAGAGGAAGUUUGUCAGCGAGGUCAGACGAUGCGAGGAACUUGAGAAAACUUUUACCUUCUUGGAGCAGGAGAUAAUCCGCUCACUGUCUCCACCAUUGAAGGGCCCCCUCCCUCCUCCAUGCCCGACACCUUUGGCCCCUCAGCCUCGCGAGCUCAUCACCAUAGAGGAAGAAAGCGAGCGGCUGGCCAGAGAGCUCAAAGAGGUGUCAAGGAACAGAGACAGUCUCCGUGCUCAGCUGACCCAACUCUGUCAGUACCGAGGAGUCCUGACAAAAACGCACUCGCUCACAGCCUCACAGGCACCACCACCUGUACUGGAAAGUCAGGGCCUGUUUGAUAACCGCCAAGAUGUCCACCUCAGUUUUGUGGCAGGAGUAGUCCACCCCUGGAAGGUGCCCUCAUUUGAACGGUUGUUAUGGCGGGCAUGUCGUGGUUAUAUCAUCGUGGAUUUCAGGGAAAUGGAGGAUCGACUUGAGCAUCCAGACACGGGGGAAAUGGUGCAGUGGACAGUGUUCCUCAUUUCCUUUUGGGGAGAUCAAAUUGGGCAGAAAGUUAAGAAGAUCUGUGAUUGCUUCCGCACACAGACGUUUGCCUACCCUGAGAGCCCUACUGAAAGAGAGAAGAUUCUUCAGGGGCUUGAGACCAGAAUUGAGGAUAUCAAAUCAGUGCUGUCGCAGACUGAGGCCUUCCUACAGCAGCUCCUCAUGCGGGCAGUGGCUGUGCUGCCUCAGUGGAAGGUGCGGGUGCAGAAAUGUAAAGCAGUUCAGAUGGUGCUGAAUCUCUGCAGCCUUUCCGUUACUGAUAAAUGCCUGAUCGCCGAGGCCUGGUGUCCAAUUAGCAAGCUGCCUGAACUGCAAAGUGCCCUCAGAGAAGGAGGGAGGAAGAGUGGCAGCGGGGUUGACUCUUUCUACAAUCGUCUGCCAACCUCCACCCCUCCACCUACGCUGUUUCCUCUCAACACUUUCACGACUGGUUUCCAAAACAUUGUGGAUGCCUAUGGAGUAGCCAGCUACAGAGAAGUCAAUCCAGCUGUGUACACCAUAAUAACAUUCCCCUUCCUGUUUGCGGUGAUGUUUGGGGAUGUGGGUCAUGGUAUAUUGAUGACUCUGGCUGCUCUCUGGAUGGUCCUUGAGGAGAAAGAUCCUAAAUUAAAGAACAACACCAAUGAGAUCUGGAGGAUGAUGUUUGGAGGACGGUAUCUGAUCCUGUUGAUGGGACUGUUCUCGAUCUACACAGGAGCCAUUUACAACGAGUGCUUUAGUAAAAGCCUCACCACUUUCAGCUCAGCGUGGCAUGUCGGCCCCAUGUUUGAGAAGAAUAUAUGGAAUUCAUCAGUCCUGGCAGAGUACCAGUACCUGCCCCUGGAUCCUGUUGUGCCUGGAGUUUUUAACAGCCCUUAUCCAUUUGGCAUUGACCCGAUCUGGGGUCUGUCCAACAACAAGCUGAGUUUCCUGAACUCUUACAAGAUGAAGAUGUCAGUCAUUAUUGGAAUCAUUCACAUGACUUUUGGAGUCUGUUUGUCAUAUUUCAACUACUGGCACUUCAAGCAGUUUCGCAGCAUUUUCUUUGUGCUGAUCCCAGAGCUGUUCUUUAUGCUCUGUCUCUUUGGCUACUUGGUGUUCAUGGUGGUCUACAAAUGGAUUGCUUACACACCUGAAAUGUCCAGAUAUGCUCCCAGUAUACUUAUCCACUUCAUAGACAUGUUCCUCUUCACAGAAAACGGGACUAACCCACAACUCUACAAAGGACAGCCUGUGGUUCAGAAGGUCCUGGUAGUGUUGGCUCUGUGUUCUGUCCCGGUCCUCCUGCUUGGGAAACCCACUUGUGAAUACAUUUCAUUCAGGAGAAGACGACGUCAAACACAUCAUGAGGAAGACAGACGUCCACUCGUAGCGGACGAUGGCUCCAUCAACGCUCGUCAAGGGGAAGUGGAGGGAGGUGCAGUUGAGGAGGAGGAGUUUGAUGUCGCAGACGUGUAUAUGCAUCAGGCUAUCCACACCAUAGAGUACUGCCUGGGCUGCAUCUCCAAUACAGCCUCUUAUCUCCGACUCUGGGCCCUCAGCUUGGCUCAUGCACAGCUGUCUGAGGUUUUGUGGACAAUGGUGAUGCGUAUCGCCUUGAGAUGGGAGGGCUAUGUUGGUUCUGCCGUCCUGGUUGUGAUUUUUGCCAUGUUUGCUGCGUUGACAGUCUCCAUCCUUCUGGUGAUGGAGGGACUGUCAGCUUUUCUGCAUGCACUUCGUCUGCACUGGGUGGAGUUUCAAAACAAGUUCUACAGUGGAUCAGGCUACAAGCUGAGCCCUUUCUGUUUCUCAUCUCUGAUCAAUGCAUCACCGCCUGUAUGAUGGCUCAAAUGAUUACUUAUUGCCAAACAGUUUCAUAAACUUAUGUGUAAUAUUGAAUACACACAUCAGAUUGACUGUCUUUUCAAUGGUUCUCCAAUAGGCUAUCAAUGGUUGAAUCCCCUGCACAGUGAUCAUGAUGAGAACGACUUAUUUUUGCAUUAAUCGAAUGAGAAUGUGACCCUGAAUAAUGAACUAUAAUGGCAUAGUCUGAAAUGAACAAAUAUACUUUUGUAUCCCCUUUUAUUCUUUUUUUCCACUAUCAUUGUUAUAUACUGCUUUCUAAUUACUCUUUUAGCUCAAACCAUGGCUGGUAAUAAUUUACAGCUUACCACAUGAAAAUAUAUAUUGGCACCAGUUACAAAAAGGGAAAGCACAUCAGAUACUUAAUAUGUUCUACGGUUUAAGGGAAUGUAAGAUUGUUGAAGUGGUGUGGUGUACUUACAAGGACAGUCCAUACAAUUUCUUCAAAAGAUGGCAGGGAAUAAUUGGAAUGAUCUUCAUCAUGAACCAAAGAUAACUUUUCUUUCAAUGUCUUGUCUUCCGAACACAUCAGGUAUUUAUUGGUUGUACUACGUUUUUUUCAUGUGCCUUAUUUGAACUCAGUGUUUAUGAACAUCAAGUCAUAUCUAAACCUCCAUUAUCAUGCCAAUAUGACUAAGACAUGUCUCCCUUUUUUCUGACUGUUUGCACUGUAAAAUGAACAAAUUUGAAUUAAAAAUAGAUAUGAUU